AUGCUCCCCUCUACCUCUGCAACCACUAACACCAUCAGUCAACAGUUACAGCAAAAGAACCCUUUCGGUCGUAACAACAACAGCUCUUCAGAAAAUGAUAACAACAACACCAAGGUGCCUGAGCCAACCUUGGUCUCAACUCCCGUUGCUACUGCCACAUCAGCUCAAAAGAAAAUCGCUGGUGCUCAGUUCUCAUGGGUCCACUUUUUGGCCGGAGGAACGGGCGGCAUGGCUGGAGCGCUAGUAACCUCGCCUCUCGAUGUGGUCAAGACUAGACUCCAGUCCUCCUUAUACCAGUCAUCAAAGAGCAUGUCCUCUACGACAGUAGCCAGGUCGGGAGUUUAUUCUGUCCUUGGACAUAUCAAAGAUACUUGUCUUUUGCUUGGACAUAUCUAUUCCAAAGAGGGUCCCCGUGCGCUCUACAAGGGGUUAGGACCCAAUCUCGUCGGAGUUAUCCCAGCAAGGGCUAUCAACUUUGCGGCGUAUGGUAACGGCAAAAAGUUCUACACUGAUUUGAACAACGGCAAGGAGACGACAUUUGUUCACCUCUCAUCAGCGAUCUCAGCUGGUAUCAUUACAGCAACUGCCACCAAUCCCAUUUGGCUUGUCAAAACUAGGAUGCAACUUCAGGUCGAGGGAGUACGGCAAUACAAAAACAGCGUGGAUUGUAUCUACCAAAUUCUCAAGAACGAAGGUAUCCGUGGUAUGUACCGUGGGUUGAGCGCAUCAUACCUGGGUGUCGCCGAAGGAACGAUCCAGUGGAUGAUCUAUGAGCAGCUGAAGAAGACUCUGGCAGAAAGACGCAAAGUCACUAGCUUAAGCAGCACUACUGGUACAAGAUUUGUCAUUGGUGGCAAGGAUAUUGAAGAAUGGAUCGACUAUUUGGGCGCUGCUGGAGCAGCAAAGUUUGUUGCUUCGGCUAUGACAUACCCACACGAAGUUCUCCGUACACGACUGCGGCAGGUUCCGGUGGGAAAUGAGCCACCCAAAUACACUGGACUGAAACAGACAUUCCAGCUGGUACUCAAAGAGGAAGGCGUUGCAGCCUUAUAUGGCGGUCUUACUGCGCACAUGAUGCGUGUUGUCCCUAAUGCAGCAAUCAUGUUCUUCUGUUACGAGGCUAUCAUGCAUCGCUUUGGAUAA